GCCGGCGCCGCCGCGGCCUGGGGGUUGGUUGAGGCGGGCGGUGGGGUCCGGACUGGACUGUGGCGCCGCCGCUGCGCGAAAGGGAGCGGACAGUCAGAAAAUGGGUAAGAAGAGUCGAGUAAAAACUCAGAAAUCAGGCACUGGGGCUAUAGCCACUGUGUCUCGGAAGGAAAUCUUGAACCUGACCAGUGAACUGUUGCAGAAAUGCAGCAGUCCUACACCUGGCCCAGGAAAGGAAUGGGAAGAGUAUGUACAAAUCCGAUCUCUGGUUGAGAAAAUACGGAAAAAGCAGAAAGGUCUGUCUGUUACUUUUGAUGGAAAAAGAGAAGAUUACUUUCCUGAUCUAAUGAAAUGGGCCUCUGAAAAUGGGGCUUCUGUCGAAGGUUUUGAAAUGGUCAACUUCAAAGAAGAGGGCUUUGGUUUGAGAGCAAUAAGAGACAUCAAGGCAGAAGAGUUAUUUUUAUGGGUUCCCCGAAAAUUACUAAUGACUGUUGAAUCUGCUAAAAAUUCGGUAUUGGGGCCCUUGUAUUCUCAAGACCGGAUUCUUCAAGCCAUGGGAAACACAGCGCUGGCCUUCCAACUCCUGUGUGAGCGAGCCAGCCCCAACUCUUUCUGGCAGCCCUACAUUCAGACCCUCCCCAGUGAAUAUGACACUCCCCUCUACUUCGAAGAAGAGGAAGUUCGGUGUCUUCAGUCGACACAAGCUAUCCAUGAUGUCUUCAGCCAGUAUAAAAACACAGCUCGACAGUAUGCCUAUUUCUAUUAAGUCAUACAGGUGAGCAGG